UUCACCUCGACUUGCAUCAUCUUGAGUGAUGGAGAAAACUUGCUUCCUUGUUUCUGUCACAUUUUUAUUGUUGGUGCACUGCUCUCUCAUGGCUGUGACUGUGAGUACUAGGAGUACUGCAACCAAUAUCACCACCGAUCAAUCGGCUCUUCUUGCCCUGAAAUCCCAUAUCACAAGCGACCCUCACAACAUUUUGGCAAAAAACUGGACCACCACAACCUCCCAUUGCAACUGGAUUGGUGUCCAUUGCAACACUCGUCACCACAGAGUUGCAGCCUUGAACCUUUCUUACAUGGGCCUAAGUGGCACCAUCCCUCCACACAUUGGAAACCUCUCCUUUCUAACCUUACUAGACAUCAGAAACAAUAGUUUCCAUGGUGCUAUCCCUAAAGAGAUAGGCCAUUUGCGUAGACUAAAAAUCAUCAGAUUCUUUUCCAACGACUUUACGGGAAACCUUCCCAAGGAAAUCGGCAAACUUGCUAAUCUGGUGUCUUUGGACGUGCAGUCAAAUAGGCUUUCCGGCUUCAUACCUGCCUCCAUCUUCAACAUCUCCUCAUUGGAAGAUAUUGCUUUCACUAAUAAUAGCCUGUCCGGUAAUCUUCCCACGGAUAUGUGCUACCGUCUUCCAAAACUCUAUGGGCUCUAUCUGUCAUUUAACCAGUUCGAUAGUCAAAUUCCUUCCACUUUAUAUGAAUGCUUGAAACUUCAAUUCUUGUCAUUGUCAUAUAACAAAUUCAGUGGACCAAUACCAAGAGAGAUUGGGAACUUAACCUUCCUGAAAGGGUUAUAUCUUGGUGGUAACAACUUGGAAGGUGAAAUUCCACCACAGCUGGGAAAUCUUCAAAAUUUGGAGUCACUAGAAAUUGAGCGUGCUGGUCUCACUGGUGCAAUACCAAGAGAGAUUGGUAACUUAACCUUCCUAAAAGAGUUAUAUCUUAGGGAAAACAACUUAAAAGGUGCAAUACCACUAGAGAUUGGAAACCUUUAUGAUUUGAAAAUUUUAAACUUACAAGUCAAUAGCCUAACAGGUUCGAUUCCAGAAACAAUAUUCAACUUGUCAAAACUACUAGAUCUUUCAUUUUCGAGAAAUCAACUUUCAGGAAAACUUCCGUCGAGUAUUAAGUUACCCAAUCUUGAACAAUUUUACCUUUCUGAAAACAACCUCAGCGGAAUUAUCCCCGACUCUAUCUCAAAUCUUUCCAAAGUCGUUAUUUUAAGCCUUUCCAAUAACAAUUUUAGUCAUUCAAUUCCCAACACACUUGGUAACUUAGGACUUCUCGAAGUACUACAUCUAGCAGGAAACAAUUUCAUCAGUGGGUCUUCAAACCCAGAAUUGAGCUUUCUUACUACCUUGACAAAUUGCCGACGCUUAAAAAACUUGAUCAUAUUAGACAAUCCACUGAAUGGCAUCCUUCCAGUUUCCAUUGGGAAUUUCUCGUCUUCGCUUCAAGAAAUCUGGGCAAGUGAUUGUGAAAUUAAAGGCAACAUUCCCAACCAUAUUGGUAACUUGAGCAAUUUGGCUUUUUUACGUCUAUAUGGUAACAGCUUCACUGGAACUAUUCCUACGACAAUGAAAGAGUUGCGAAGGCUCCAACUUUUAGACCUUGGAAUUAACAUGAUACAAGGGCCCAUUCCACAUGAUCUUUGCCACUUGCACAACUUGGGUUCAUUAAGUCUGGAUGAAAAUGAACUUGUUGGUCCGAUUCCAGGUUGCUUAGGGAAUGUUACAUCUCUAAGACAUCUCUUUAUGGGUUCUAACAAAUUAAACUCCACAGUACCUAUAAAUUUGUUCAGCCUCAAAGAUCUUUUGAUUUUGAACUUGUCCGCAAAUUCUUUUAGUGGCGGUCUUCCCUCGGAGAUAGAAACUUUAAAGGCUGCAAUACAAAUAGAUCUGUCACUGAAUAGAUUCUCAGGUGAUAUCCCUAGCACAAUUGGAGGUCUACAAAGCGUAAUUGGCCUUUCUUUGGCACACAAUAGACUACAAGGACCUAUUCCUGAGUCAUUUGGAAACUUGAUAAGCUUGGAAUCCUUGGAUCUAUCUUACAACAAUCUCUCUGGUGUAAUUCCAAAGUCAAUGGAGUCACUCUUGCACCUUCAGCAUUUUAAUGUAUCUUUCAACUCAUUAAGAGGAGAAAUUCCCACCGGAGGACCAUUUGCAAACUUCACAAAUCAAUCCUUCAUGUUGAAUGAAGCACUAUGUGGUGCUUGGCAGUUGCAAGUCCCACCAUGCCAUUCAAGCUCUGGAUCAAAGACAAAACGAGUGCUUCUAGUUGUUUACAUUUUGUUGCCAAUUGCUUUUAUUGCCUUGACAUUCACAUUUGUGUCAAAAAGAUGUCGAAAGAGAAACAUAACUGCAAUUGAAACAGACUUGUUACCCACUUUAGCACAUGAAAGAAUUUCUUAUCAAGAGCUUCUACGAGCUACUAAUGCUUUUAGUGAUGGUAACUUGCUUGGAACUGGAAGCUUUGGUUCUGUUUACUGUGGGACACUUACAGAUGGGACCAUUUUAGCGAUUAAGGUAUUUAAUUUACAACUUGAAGAUGCAUCCAAGAGUUUUGAUACAGAAUGUGAAAUGUUGCGCAAUAUUCGUCACAGAAAUCUCACCAAAGUUAUCAGCAGUUGUUCCAAUCUAGAUUUCAGAGCCUUGGUACUCCAAUACAUGCCUAAUGGGAGUCUCGAAAAGUGGUUGUAUUCUCAUAACUAUUUCUUAGACAUCUUGCAGAGAUUAGACAUUAUGAUAGAUGUGGCAUGUGCACUGGACUAUCUCCACCAUGGUUAUUCAAUACCAUUAGUUCAUUGUGAUUUGAAGCCCAACAAUGUCCUACUAGAUGAAGAUAUGGUUGCACAUCUUAGUGAUUUUGGCAUUUCAAAGUUCUUGGGUGAGGGCGAGAGUAUUGCACACACCAAGACUCUAGCUACUUUGGGAUACAUUGCACCAGAGUAUGGAUUGGAAGGAUUAGUAUCUGCAAGGUCUGAUGUUUAUAGUUAUGGUAUUAUGCUAAUGGAAACGUUUACAAGAACUAAGCCCAUAGAUGAAAUGUUUGCUGGAGAUUUGAGCUUGAAGCUAUGGGUAAGUGAGUCACUACCCAAUGAGAUAAUUCAGAUUAUGGAUGCCAACUUGCUCAGGCCAGAGGAAGGGCAAGCCAAUGCAAAGGUGCAGUGUGUGUCAUCCAUUUUGCAAUUGGCUCUGAAUUGCUGUGCAGAAUCACCACAGGAUAGGAUCAAGAUGGAAGCAGUCCUGACAACACUGAAGAAGAUCAGACAUAGAUUUUUUGCAAGCGGUGAAAGGCAAUAA